AUGCAACUUCCGACGGACAUCGCCAUCUCGACAUGUCGCCUGACCACUACCAAGGCAUGCGCUGCCAUUGAGACCUCUCAAAAGAGCAUGAGGACAAUAGAGCCUCUGCUCUCUCUAUUGGCAUGCCUGAAGCCAUCGAACAACCGACGUGGCAUCAACGAGGUCGGGGCUUGCUACCCUGGCCUCGCAUUUGGGGUGACGUGGGAGACCACGACCACCCCGCGUGCGUCACGGUCCCUCAUACCGGCGUUGGAGUCUCCGUGUCCGCCAAAAAACCUCAGUCAGCUGUCUGCGAUGUGGUACGGCGGACACGGCGAGUCCAACGCGGGAAUCUCGUACAUGAGAGGGCCGAAUGGCGAACCGGGACCUGUCAUUUCCAUCAUUAUGGCAGAUAAGUACAGCGAUAUCGACGUCGACCGAGGUGACGAUAUUGUCUACUGCGGAAGCAAUUCACUUGACAACACCUCGAGCAACACUCCCGCCGAUGGCGGACCGCCCGUUCGGGCGCCUUCAAUCAUCAUGGCAGACAAGUACAGCGACAUCGACGUCGACCGAGGUGACGGCAUUAUUUACUGCGGAAGCAAUUCACUUGACAACACAUCGAGCAACACUCCCGCCGAUGGCGGACCGCCCGUUCGAGGCAACGCAGCCCUAUUCAAGCCCACAGAGAAGAAUAUUAGACUUGUUCGAAUAUGCUCCAAGAACCCUGAGCGGAUGCGCGCUCUUCCAUUGUUCGAAGAGCUAUACCUAGCCCAGCUUCCGGGCGAGACUUUUGGCUCAAGAUACGCCAUCAAGAGAAAGCUGGAGAUCAUCAAGAGGUUUCCGCCCGAGGGACGAUCCGGAAAACAACAUCGCGUCUUCACUUCGCCCGUCAGGGAUAUUUCAGCUUACCUUCUCUUCUCGAACGACCAGGUUGUCGGUGGUUAUCUUCAAGAUCUCCCUGACCUCGAAGAUCUCCCUGACCUCGAUGAUCUUGACGCUCACCUUAGGGACCCUAGCUCAUUUGCUUUCACGGGCGCCGAGCAGAGUAUCAACUUCCACACGAGUUUCGAGGGGAUGCCCCCAAACGUUUUUCAAGACGGAGUUACAAACGCUACUCCUCCUCUCGCCUAUGGGCCCGCCACUGGCCACGCCGCCAUGUGGAUAUUUUACACUGUCAAGCACGGCGAACAUGAAAGAGAUCAUGAACAACUACGGUCUCACGGCUGA